GAGCUUUUAUAGAGUCUUUGGGGCUUGUAUUAGAUUUGCUGUAUGUCCCUGCUGUGGGGUUAACUGCCUCCUCUACUUGCUUCAAUGCCUCCGGCUCCUUCUCUAAUUUAUUGUCUCUUCAGCCAUCAGAGCAGCAGCCCCCACCUGCAACAGCAACAGCACUGCUGCAGCGGGGCCGAAGCAACUACUCUCUUAUUCAAAGGAUAUCUGUGGAGCGCUACGAUGAUUGGAUCACGGGAGGAGACGAUCCCACGGGAGACAACCCCACAGGAGGCGGAGGCGAUCCCACGGGAGCCGAUCCCAAUGGAGGCGAUCCCACAAGGGACCCAGCCAACGGGUUGCCGCUGGUGCAUGUUGUGCUGCCUCGGUUUGACUCUCGCCUGAAAGCGCUUGUAGAGUAUGAUUCUGCUGCUGCUGCUGCUGCUGCGGGUGUCUCCUUUUCGGGUGUGGGGCCGACGCUGCUUAUCUCUAAUGCUGUCCCCUUUAUAGCGGGGCUACGUGUAGGUGUAAACGUAGUUUCGCUGUAUAUAGGAGUUAAUUUGCCUCUGGAGACAGGAGACAAAGCGCUGAAAGAAGCAAUAGAAAGGGAUUGUAAAGAGAGACAGUUGCUUUACUUCCAGCUUAGGGCCCCUGUUGUCUCUGCUCGCAGUAUGCUGCUUCAGGUGUCUCACCAGCCCUUUGCUUACACAACAUUUGCUGCACCAUGUACACUUAAAACAGCUGCUGCGGGGCAGUGGCCUCCAGAGACCCCAGAGACAUUUAUUACACAAAGAGAGGCCUAUGCUUUAGAGUCUGCGAGCCUCAUUAUGGAAGGAGGAUAUGCAUAA